UCUCUCUAGAAUUACAUAGUUUUAGUGAAUUUGAUUAAUGCUCAAAUUCAAAUUCAAACGCGAUAUAUAUUCAAUUUUUUGUGUAAAUUCAAUUUUGCAUUUAACAAUUUCUGCUUAUAAUAGGAAAGGAACAUUAAACUACAAAGUAACAAAUAUUAUCUACAUGUGUUUUUUCAAGAUUUAAAUUAUUAUGCAAUCAACAAAAAAUAAGUAUGUUGUGCGUAGUUUGGAAUUACGAUCUUUACGUAGUUGGUUUAAACAUCUUCCAUCAAUAUACAAAUCUUUUAAUUAUAUUAAUAAUUCGGAAUAUUAUCCUUACCUUUGUCAAAAGAAUCAAUUUAAUAUAGGAGAAAUUAUUCAAAAUGAUUAUAUCAAUCAACGAUUUAUAACAUUUUACACAAAAUUGAUUCUACGAAAAUUUUUUGAAUCUUGGAAAAUUUAUGCGAUUUAUAAAUUGCAUAGAAGAAAAACUCUGUGUGAAGUAAAUCAUAUGUAUCGUAUUAAACUUAAAAGAAAUGUAUUUAAUAUUUUAUCCAAAAAUAUAAUUAAAUCUAAUGAACAUCAUAACAAAAUAAUACAAUGGCGAUAUUUUAGAUUAUGGGAAAAAUAUAUAGAAAUUAUACGAUAUAAUAAAAGUUUAAUAAAAAAAUAUCUUCAAAAAUCUAUAACAAUUUGGAAAGUAUUUGUACUACAUAAAAAACAGAAAAAUAUAUUUAAAAAACAACUAGUUGAUAAGGUCUGUAAAUUAUAUACCUCAAAUUUAUUGCAUAAAUAUUUUAUAAAAUGGGCAACUAUACAUAAUUCUACAAAAGUUUUUAAAGAACAAGUUCAAAAGAUACUCUGUCAUUAUAAAAAAAAAAUGUUAAAAAAAUAUUAUCUUGUAUGGACAGCAUAUUAUCAUGCAAAAAUCCAAAAUAAAUUUCUAAAAGAAAGGGCUGAUCAACAACAUUGUCGAAAAUUACUAAGAAGAUAUUUAAAAAAAUUUGUUUUGUACAUUCAUAAAGUUCAUAUUGAUAGAAGAACAAUGAAAAGGACAAAUACUUUUUACGAAUUUAAAAUUAUAGUUAAAAUAUUUAAUGCUUGGGUACAAUGGUAUUAUCAAUUCUCAAGAAUAUGCAAUAUUAUGAGAAAAAUACAGCAAAUUAUAGAAAAUAAAAUGAAACAAAAAAUCUUUCUAUAUUGGAAAUCAUACAUAUUUCAUAAAAAAUGUAUGAGAAGAAAACUGUUUCUUUGUUUAAUUAAAUAUCAUAAAAAGAUUUCUACUAAUGCAUUUAAUAAAUUGCAAGAUUAUGUUCUAUAUAAGAAAAGAAAACAAACACAGAUGUUAAGUUUAAGUACUCGAGCAGUUACUAUUAUUGUUAAAAUACAGAAUAUGUACAUAGAAAAAUGGAAAAAAAAAUUAAAUAUACAUAUGCAAGAAAAACGUAGAAUAUUCCUAGCUACUGAAUUGUACAAUAAUAAUAUUUUUAAACAAUAUCUUUUUUUGUGGAAAAAGUUUUCUCAGCAGUAUAAGUUAAAAUUGUUACAAAAAAAGAAAUUAGAUGAACGUGCUUCUUACUUUGUCUUGAAUAAGUAUAUUAUGAUAUGGAAACUAAAAUGUGAAGAUAAUUAUAAAAUUUAUAAAAAGGAAAAGUUAAUUAUGUUUGUCAUACAUAAGAGUAUGCAGAAAAAGUAUCUUAUGUUUUGGAAGAAGUAUGUAGCUAAAAAAAUAGAUAAAAAAAGAGAUAUUGAAUAUGCAAAAAAUAUAAAUAAAAAGUUUUUAUUGCAAGAAGGAUUAAGAGAAAUUUUAAGAAAUUCUUUAUUUACUAUGCAAUUUCACUAUGAAAGCAGAAUAAAAUAUACAACAUUAAAACUUGUAGGAGACUUAGAAAUACUAAGUAAAUAUUUUGAUAGAUGGCUAUCAAUAGUUUAUUUAAAAGAAAAAUUAGAAUUCCCACUUUCAGAAAUAAAAUAUAGAAAUAUUAAAGGGAAUAUAAAAAAUUAUUCAAUUAAAAACAUUGGAGAGAAUAAUUCAUUGUUUAAUAAUGAUAAUAUAUCUAUAAUUGUGCCAUCUCUUCCUCUCUCUUCUGAAGACUAUAAAAACAACAAUAAAUUUGAAUACAUAGAUACUGUGAUUCCAUUUAAUUAUAUUAGAAAUAAAUUUGAUGAAUUAGAUAGUUUACUUAUGUAUAGCACGAAUAAUAAUUUAUACUCUAUUUCUUUGUAUAAUGAUUCUUUGUAUAAUGAUAAAUCAAUGUUUUCAUUACCAAAUAAUGUAAAACUCUUACCACCUUCUGCAUUUUAUUAAUAAACCAAAAAUUAUUAACAUGGCAACAACAAUACAAAAAUUUUAUAGAAAUAUUUUGUUAUUUUAUUAU